AUGAUCCACGCCUACCUCUUCGUGGUCGACAACGACCACAACAGGCAGGAGCACACCUCCGCCUUCUGCCGGCACAUGGCACGCAUCAACAAGGCGGCUGGGAUCAGCAUCAGGCCGCACCACAACCUGUACGAGGGGUUGGACCCCUUCAGGAGGCGCUGGUGGCGCUGCAGUGGGCCCUGCCAGAAGUGGCCACCACGGUUCGGGAUAGUGACUCGCUGCAGGGGGUGUCCCCCGGGCCCAGGGGACGCGUGGUGGGUGCGUCACCAGCUGCUCUGUGGGGGCACCUUCAGCAAGGUGCACGGUCCAGACGGGUACUCCAGAGGAACACGUAGCUGCGUCUCGUCAGAUGGUGAGCGAACUGAUAACUUUGAUUCGUAUGUGUUCGUGGUAGCAGCUGUUGAAGUAGAUAUAAGCUUGUGA